CUCUCUUGUGAUCUUUAUUAUUCAGAAAUAUCUCAAGUGUACGUUGUGACUCUGGGUCAUAACAUUAUCAGUUGUUUAUCAUCCUCCAUUGGCCGGUAUCGGUUUAAUGUGAGUUUAAUGCAAAAAAACAAAAACAACGAAAAAACAUAACCUAACAAUUUUAACACAUUAACAUUUUUGUUAUCCCCAUUAUUUCGGAGCGAAUAGCACCAAAUAAAAAGCUGGUGUAUGAGGGGACAGGAGAUUUCAAAAAUGUGUAGCUCAGGUACGUGACACUCUAGAGCACUGGAACCUGGAACGAUAUUGACAGGUGGUGAGAUGCUCCGAGUAACCCGAACGAGGCACUGGAAUGGAAGCUUGGAUUCCAUGCUCCCUAUCGAAAAUGCCGUGGUACUUGUUUGUGUUCUGUGGUGCAAAAAUAAUAUUAUAAAAAUAUGGGGUUAUGAUUACUGUUUUCAACUGAGUUUUUAGGAAAAGCAAUACUCUCAGGAUGUAAAUUAAUCGUCGUUAUGUUAAAAAACUCAAAAAUCGCUUACAUCCUGACAAUAAUAUUCUUUAUAAGUUUUCUUGCUAUUAUUUAUCAGAACCAAUUAACAAGACUUUAUGACAGACUCCUUAAACUAGGUAAUAAAAUGUUUUCUUUGAUAUUUCUUGUUAGUUCUACAUACUUCGACUUUCUAGAAGAAUUUCAAGAAAGACACGCAUUGACACAAACAGAAUUGUAUAGCGAAGGAACAGAUAAUCUAGUGGUUUUGUACAAUCGAGUUCCCAAAACAGGCUCGACAAGUUUUGUAGGAAUUGCUUAUGAUUUGUGCAAGCAGAAUAACUUUCGUGUGCUGCAUGUAAACAUAACUGCUAAUAGUAAUCUGCUCACCUUAGAGAAUCAAGUCAAAUUUGUUACAAAUGUAACAAAAUGGGAUGUUAUGAGACCAGCCCUAUUUCAUGGGCAUUUUGCCUUCCUAGACUUCUCGAAGUUUGGACUUCCUAAGCCCUUGUUCAUAAAUCUGAUAAGAAGGCCACUAGAUAGAUUUGUUUCUUAUUAUUAUUUUGUGCGAUAUGGUGACAACUUCAGACCUUAUCUGGUCAGGAAAAAGCAUGGCAAUACAAUGGUAAUAUGUUUUAUUAAUAAAAUUGAACAAGUGUAUGCGAAUUUGUCAUUUCAGACAUUCGAUGAGUGUGUAAACAAAAGACUGGCAGAAUGUGAUCCAAGCCACAUGUGGUUGCAGAUACCUUAUUUCUGUGGCCAUUCUGCUAAUUGUUGGAAACCCGGUAACAAAUGGGCUCUUCAAGAAGCAAAAAAGAACCUAGUCACAAAUUAUUUCCUAGUUGGAGUAACAGAAGAACUUGAGGACUUUAUUGUGAUUCUUGAACGUUCUCUCCCUAGAAUGUUCAAAGGAGCCACUGAACAUUUUUUGAACAGCAAUCGCUCUCAUUUGAGGAAAACCGUCCAAAAAGAGGUACCCUCUGAGGAGACUAUGCAGAAGAUCAAGAAAAGUGUUGUUUGGCAGAUGGAAAAUGAACUAUACGAAUUCGCGUUAGAGCAGUUUCAUUUUACGAAAAAGCAGUUUUUGAAGAAUAAAAAUCAAAAUGUUAUGUAUGAAAAAAUUAGGCCGAAAACAUAGCUACGUAGACACGUGUCAGGAGAAACAACCUAUACCUAAUAAUUUGGAAUGGUAAACUAUUUGUAUGACUCGUAUUGGUAUGUUUAAUGCCCUAAAUGUUGUUCUUGUUGUGUUGGAAUUUUUGACUUGCUUCAAAAGAACCGUCAAGGGGUAUGGGAAAAGUGAAUUAUAACAAAUAUCGUUUCUUGUUCAGCAUUAUUAGGGAAUGCAACAAAAAUAUCUAGUAUUAUUUAAGAUCUAACCAAUAAUAAAUUGCAAAAUUUGUUUGCUUUUAAGUUCUUGCUUUAUUAACAUGAAUUUUAAUUGUUUAGUCACACAUUCACUGACCAAUUUUUCAGCUAAUGACCUUUGCUAUAUUGUACUUAUUAUAAAAUUAUUUUGCCCUCCAUAAUAACUAUAAGUAGGUAAACAUGGUAACACUGACUGACUAUUACUUUGUACUGUAUUUGUUAUAUUUAUGUAAAUAUUUAUGAAAGUAUUAAUUUGAUCUUUUAAAAUAAAGCGUGUAUAAAUACAGUAUAGUGUUUUUAACAUAUUUUUUGCACCAGAAGCAGCAGCUUUACCACAUAUAUAGUUAAGCAAGGUGACUAAGAAUGGUCAGAAGUCUCGCGAGUCCGCCCAGCAGACCUAAAACAUGGUUAUAGAAUUAAGUGAAACAAAGACAUCGUUAUUUAUAAAUAGAUUCUGUGUAUUUACAACGUUAGGUUAUACAUAGUUAAUAUAAUAAUACAAUAUUUAUAUACAGUAUUCAUUAGUUUACAGCGUGUUAAAUUUGU